AUGUUCUCAACAGACGAACGUUUGGCGUCCUUCACAGUCGCCUCUUCAUCCGCAUCAACCUCAGCUGCCAAGAAGAGGCAGUCCGCCAAAGCCGCGCCUUCACCAUUACAAUGGCCACAUCCCGUCACUGGCCGGAGCGCCAAAACUUGCAACAUCCCAACACCUGACACGCUCGCCAAGUAUGGCUUCUAUCAUACUCCUACAUCCGACGCGCCCGACACCGUCUCUCAUUUCCUCUAUGCUGACCUUCAGAUCGCCCAUUGGCAACCCAACGACGAUCCGCUUUCGCGACUUGAGCAAGCUCUGCCAGGCAACGCAUGGUCUCGUAUCUUUCGCAGUCAGCAACUCGCUUGCUUUGACGACGACACCAACACGUGGACAUGGCAGACAGCAGAGCUUCUACCCACAAGUAAAGACAUGAUCCAAGCACGGAAGGAGUCAUUCGGCUCUCAAUGGCCCUAUGAUGGCAAGAAGGGCUGGAAGCCCACCAGCAAGAAACUCGCCGAAGCUGGCUUCUACUUUACUCCUACCGAUCUUGAGCCCGACAAUGCAAAGUGCGUCUACUGCGAAAAGUCCCUCGGCGGUUGGGAAAAGUCGGACGACCCUGUUCACGAGCACCGACGACGCGUCCCAGAAUGCGCAUUUUUCAACUGCGAGCUUCGCAAAGCUUUGGACGAGCCAGUUGCCGCUGCAGAGCCUACUGAAAUCGACGACGAAGUAGAAGAGAUUCCACCUGCAGUAGUAGCGUCCAAGAAGGGUGGCAAGCGUGCGGUUUCGGCAGCAACUCGUAAAGCAUCCGCCAAGGCCUCCAAGGGCAAGAAAUCUACCAUCGCGGGUGCAAUGGAGCUCGACCAAGACAAUGCCGAGGCACCGAUCAAUGCAACGACGGGUGCAGCGACCGCUUCGCAAGUGUCAGCACACGAGGAGCCACUGAGCGAGACUGCUAUCGAGGAACCAGCACCGGUCAAGAAGGGAGGUCGCAAGACGCGCAGUGUCUCCACUAAAAAGCUCGCUGCGAACACACAAUUCGAGGAAGAGGGAGCAGAAGCAGCAGCGGCAGCGGCAGCGAUACAAGAAGAUCAGGCAGCUGCAGAUGCGCUUGAACAAGUGGUUGAAGCAGAACCCGUCGUUGAAGAACCGAUCAAGACGCUGAGCAAGAAGAAGAGCGCGACUGGUCUAGGCAAUGGAAUCGCUACGCAAGCAUCGUCCUCUCGCCCCACUCGAGCCGCUAGCCCUGCUCUCGGACGAGGGUCUCACCGCAAACUGAGGAGACCCGACGAGGAAGAUCUUGAGAGACGCGAAUUGGCGCUUUCCGAUCCUGAUCCGAUCCCGGUGCUGACAACGCCGAACGUGCCUGUGUUAGAAUCGGUAACAGAUCCUGUAGUGUCAGUCAAGCCCAAAGGGAGCCGAUCCAAGUCGAAGAAGCUUGAUCAGGAGGCGUUGGCUCCCACGCAAGUCUCUACUGAGCCUCAAGCCGAGUUGGACAUUCCGAUAGGACAAGAUGCGAUGCACCCAAUCGAGGACGACACCAUCAUCGAGCACGAGGACGACGAGAAAGCACCAGAAGAAGAGUUGCCGGUGGAAGAGCCAAAGCGACGUGGUGGCCGUGCAGCCAAACCCGGUACAAGAUGUGCAGCAGCAGCAGCAGCAGCAGCCAAAGCGUCUUCAGCUGGGACGAGGGCCAAAAAAGCGUCAGCAAAGGUGACAGCGGUACCAUGCGCGGAUCUGGAUGCAGAAGAACGACUUGAUCCAACCGAUGCGGGAGGGCCGAUUGCGUUCCCAUCGAUGAGCUCUGAAGCCGACGCGGCGCCAGAGCAUAAACGCUCUUCACGAACCGGAACAGCGCCUCGCAAGGACUCCCAAACCAAUUUUGCAUUCAGCGCGUCACCCUCUGCUGCCAUUUCUACCUGCAAGCGUAGUUCGGUCAAGUCUGACUCAACUGCAUCCCAAGUCGAGGCUGAGAUGGCUAAUACGCACCGAGACGCCGUCGACACGGACUCUGAUGCGCUCUCGGGCAAGCUACCCAAGACUGGAUCACAAGCAACCAUCCGUGGCCAGUCUGGAUGGUCAUCUGCGACAGCGGCCAUGUCAUUGAGCACCGGCCGAACGCCACUUUGGCACUUGCCUCAACUAGCAACAUUGAAUUUGGACGAGUCACAGAGGAGAAUGACCCUGGGUGAUUGGCUUCAGAUGAAAGCGGAUGCAGCUGCGCUUGAGAUGCGUGCGGAAGGUGAAGCACAGUUGGAGGAUCUGGAGAAUCAAUUGCGAAUUGGAAGGAUUGCGAUCGAGAGGCGGUUGCGGGGGCGCGCUUGA